AAUAGACUAAAAAUUGAAUUGAGUCACACAACUCGAACCAAUAUCUUUUGAAUGAUGCUUGACUAUCCCUAUCUAGGCUUAAGGUUCGACUCCCAACUCUCAAUAUCAACUCGAGGCCUUCCAAUUAAGAUUUGAUACCGAAGAAGACCCGACCUUGACCAAAGACAGAGGACAUAAACUUUAAUCGGCCGACCCUAUGCCUCAACCAGGCACUCGAGAUCCAACCUUGACCAAAGACCGAUGACAUAAACCUCGAUCGGCUGACCCUAUGCCUCAAGAUCCAACCAGGGACUCGAGAUCCAACCUUGACCAAAGACCUAGGACACUAGUCCGUCCCUAUGCGUCAAUUCAAGAUCUUAAAUACAAAAUAAGAAAAAGACAAACAAAUUAAAACAUAUUCACACUGCUCUCUAAACAAUUUACAGUUUGGGAUUUCCACAAUUUUUCUUCCCACUGUUUAAAAAGCGAAGCUUUUUGAAAGAAAUAGUAAUGGGUGUUGCUCAGAUAUCAGUUUGGUGACCAAAUUUUCACGUCUGACAAUUUGCAAGUAUUGACAAGAUAAAUCAUAGUAUCAGAAUGGCGGUGUGUUCUAUUUACAAGUAUGGAUCAAAAGCUCAAGGGGUGGCGUUUCUUGCAUUUGGGUCCAUUUCUUUUUUGGUAUUUGUUUAUGUUGCUAUUGUCUCCAAGUUGCUUCCGCCAUUUGAUAAUCCGAUCCUUGCAGCCAUUCAGAAUGACAGAUACUAUUGCUUUCUGGUUCCAUUAACGCUUCCCAUCCUCGUUGUUGCAAUAUAUUUCCACUGGCUCAGUAUGAAGAUCUUCAAGCAUGCAUAACUCCGAUGAGGUAUGGAGCUUUUGCGUCAUCUCCUGAAGAUUUUUAUGAUAUGGUUAGGUUUCUAUUUCGGUCCGAGUUUUUUACUUGAAACAUUUGACAUGAGUAGAACGAUAAGUUCUCAUAUUGAAGUAUAAGAGUUAUUUCUGGUUGGCAAUUGCACAAUAUCUUUAAUGACAUAUGAAGAUACCUUCACCACUGAUGGCUGUUGAACUUGACAAAGUUGUUUUUCUUAUUUCAAUUGUUUGGUAGUUUGUAAUUGGUAUAAAUACGUAUAAUUGACGCGUUUCAAUCCA